AAAAAAGAGGGAUAAGGAAACGCAGACAUCUCCUUGAAGGAUUGAUUCAUUCUGAUUUCCGAAGCAUCUAACCUCAAUCUUAAAUUCUGAUAUUAGCCUCGAUUUUCGGAGUUUCUAUUAUUCCCUGUCUCUGUUCCUGUCUCUCUGUCCCUCUCGCUACUCUUCAAAGCUCCCUCCAGGUACUUUUCUCUCUGGUUUUCAUCGCUUUCCUCGUCUAUUCACUUCCUCUCCCUUUCCUUCUCUUCGUUUCUAUGGGCAUCGAGUACCUGAACGAUCGAAACGUGUCCAGAACUUCACCGCCUCUUCUGGGUCAUUCGCUUUUUAGGUCAAUAUGUCGUCUUUUUUUUUUUUUUUUGCCUCUUUCGGGGAUCAUCGUCUGGGAUUGCUUAUGACUGCGUGCAUGAUUGUUUCUUGGUCCGACGAGCUUGGUCGUGUGUCGUGCUUGCCUUUAUGCUUUGUUUUGCAAGGAGAGCGAGUUUGCUUAAUGUCCACGAAAGCACGCCGUGUCGUGACAAGAUCGCGUGUUUUUGUAAAGCAUCAUUGCCUUCGAAUCGUUAUGGUUCAAGCAUAUAGUGGAUUUAAUCUUUCAUUCAUUUAGCGAAAGCAUAUGAGAGCUUUUGAUUGGUUGAGGGAGGGUACUGUUUCUCAGAGGUGGCUCGACUUUUGUGAGCUCAGUGUCCUCUCUCAUUCGCCUUCUGUCAGCUCGUUUGUUCUCCUCCAAGGCUUCUUUUUUAUUGAAAGCACUUGUCAUAUGUGAUUCUCAUCAAUAAUAUCAAGACUCUCUACAGAAGAUCAGUUUGUGGAUUGAAUCUGACACAAUGGGGUCAGUCUGUUGCUGCUUGCGAGCUGGAGACUUUGAAGAUGUUCUCCGGAACAGUUCUGCAUAUAGGAAUUGCAUUUGCUUUAAUUGUGUGGUUGAUAAUUUUGUGUACAUGUACGCAAUGCUAUUCCGAAGAGAGAUUCAUGCCAUCCCUUCUUCCAUUCAGGAAGCAUCCACAAUGACUUCUACAGCGUCACCUGACAAUUAUUUCUCUGACAUGUACCACUCUCCUCCAAGGCCUUUGCCCUAUGAUAUAGAGCCAAGACUUUUACGCAUGCAGAGGGAGGGACUGGUUUCAAGGCAUGAGAAGGGUUCAAGUCAUGCCGAUGAGGAAUCAGAACCUCUUAGAAGUGACACGGAUGGGGAAUCGGAUAAUAUUUGCUCAGAAGGCAAAUGGACUAACUACGCACAUGAAAAAGGUUUUAAAGAGCAACCUUAUAAGACAUCACUCAGACUUUCCUCGGCAAAAGCAAAUGCUGAUAUUGGGCAUACUUAUAUGACAUCAGAAGAGGAAGAUGUUUGUCCAACAUGUCUUGAAGAAUAUACGCCUGAGAAUCCAAGAAUAAUGACAAAAUGCUCUCACCAUUUCCAUCUUGGUUGCAUAUAUGAGUGGAAGGAGAGAAGUGACAGCUGCCCUGUAUGUGGCAAGGUGAUGGUGUUCGAUGAGACUUGAUCUUCGGCGAAUGCUCAUGUUGAGGAUACUGUCGGCAUGGGGAAGAGAAAAAGAAUCCUGUUAAUACACUUGAUGAAAUGUAAAGAAGUCUUUGUGCAUAUUCCCAUUUCUCAUUCUCUUCAAAGAUCCAUUAUAAAUAUUUCUCCUAAUUUAUCUUUAUACUUCGUUUAAACUUGGCUGUGCUGCUUGAAGCUGCAACUGUAAAUACGAGCAAAAGCUCAAGUGCAUAUUGGGAAAUGGAUUUGUCUGCUCA